AUGCGUAUUCUGAAAUACCUAAACGAAGAAACUCCUGGAUCUGGUGCUAAGUGGGCAAAACACUGGUUGACCGAUGGACUGCGCGAUUUGGAAGCGUUGGUGUCACGUAGCGCUGGCGUUUAUGCAGUCGGCGACAAGGUCAGCAUGGCUGAUCUUUGCAUACCAUCAAUCAUGUAUAAUGCUAAAAGAUGGGGUGUAGAUAUUUCUGUUUUCCCAACCCUCAGCAAGAUCGACGCUGCACUCGGUGAGAUACCUGAAUUUCAAGCUGCUCAUCCUGACAAGCAACCUGAUGCCAAUAUGAAUGCCUAG